AAAAGAUCUCUCGCUUUUAAAUACUACACUCACUGCAAAAGCGCUUAUUGUGGGUCACUCCUAAAAAUAAUUGUUUUCUUUUUCCCUUCACUUUUUGUGAAAGUGUUACAAAAGAACAAUAAAUAAAUAAAAAACCAAAUUCAUAGUUCAAAAAUUUCAAACCAAAACACAUAAAAAGUUUUUUCUAGUUUGAGUUUUGUGAGUGAUAUUUGUGAUGAGUUGUUCAAGUAAGAAAGCUGCAAACGCAGUUGGAGGCAAAACUGCUAGAGCUUGUGACAGUUGCAUAACAAAGAGAGCACGUUGGUAUUGUGCUGCUGAUGAUGCUUUUCUAUGUCAAGCUUGUGACUCUUCAGUUCAUUCAGCUAAUUCCUUAGCUAGAAGACAUGAAAGAGUUCGUUUGAAAACGGCGUCGUUUAAGUCCAUCGGUGGCGACGAUGAAUUCAACAAUUCCGGUCCUUUUUCCGGCUUCACAAAGAAAGCAAGAACGCCGAGACAAGGGAAAAACAAAUCAUCGCCGAGUAAUGAGCCGGCGAGGAAUAAUAAUAAUAAUCCGUUCCAUCUUGUUCCGGAGAUGGGUUUCGAUGAAGUGAAUUCACUUUCACAUGAUGAAAAUGAGGAGCAACUUCUUUAUAGGGUACCGAUUUUCGAUCCUUUUGUUGCUGAAUUAUGUAGUACUAGUCCUCCUUCAGUUGGUUCAAGUGAAGGAGAACUAGGAACUAUAACUAUUGCUUCUGAUACUUUCGCUCCUGAUACUAAAAACAUCAGAAGCGAAAACAGAAGUAGUAGUAACAAUUAUGAGAUGGAAAGCUUUCACGGGCUUCUUCCAUCUGAUAUUGAAUUAGCCGAAUUUGCAGCCGAUGUUGAGAGUUUAUUGGGUAGGGGACUAGAAAAUGAGUGUAUAGGGAUGGAAGAGUUAGGAUUGAUUGAUACAAAAAAUGAGAAGGAUAGGGAGUGGGAGUGUAUUGGGAAAGUGAAGGAAGAAAGUGAAGAGAGCCAUGAAGUUGUAGAGGUAGAUAAUAUAGAGAUGAUGGGAAAAGAGUCUUCAUUUGAAUUGAAUUUUGAUUAUGAUGAAUCUCAUGAAACAUGUGAAGAGGUGAAGGGUAAGGUUGGUUUGGAUAUAGAACAAAAUGAAAAUAAUAAUUGUAAUAAGGGGAAGAGGAAAAUAUCUUUGCAGCUAGACUAUGAUGCAAUAAUCAUUGCAUGGGAUAGCCAAAAGUGUCCAUGGACUAAUGGUGACAAACCAAAUUUGGAUGCUGAUGAGACCUUGCUUGAUUGCAUGGGAACUUAUGGAACAGAAGUUAAUUAUCCUUAUGGUGAAUUUGGUGGAUAUGGAUAUAAUCCAGUAAUGGUAGAUGGAGGAAGAGAGGCAAGAGUUUCAAGGUACAGAGAAAAGAGAAGAACAAGGUUGUUUUCUAAGAAAAUAAGGUACGAGGUUAGGAAAUUGAAUGCAGAAAAGAGACCAAGAAUGAAAGGAAGAUUUGUAAAGAGGGCUUCUUUUGCAGUUCCAACAUUUCCUUUGUUAAAAUAAAUAAGAGCUAGGAUUUGUUGCUUUGCUUUAUCCUUAAAUCUUUUUUGUUAGUAUUUGGUAAAAGUAAUAAUUUGCUGUUAUGUGAGUUUACAUUUUGUUUUACUUUAGUUUCCUACUCCUUUGUAUAUAUAAACAAUUUUGUACCAAUAUUGUAUUGGUUCAAGUGGAACUUUCCUUAAGUAAGAAUUUGGGUUUGAUUGCCA